AUGGCGUCGCCUCCUCCCGCCCGUGGCGGCCGCGGGGCCUCACAGCGUCUUCGUGUACGGCACUCUGAUGUCGGCGGAGGUGGUGCGGGUCCUCCUGGGCCGAGCCCCGCGCUCCUCCCCGACCACCGCAGGUUCAGCAUCAGGGGCCGCGUCUACCCGGCCAUCCUCCCCGCCCGUGGCCACGCGGUGAGCGGAAAGGUUCUCAAGGAGCUCACCGACAGGGAACUCCAUGUGUUCGACAUGUUCGAGGACGAGGAGAUGCACCGGAGAAACCACUCGCCCACGCGUAUCGCGUACAUAUGGGGCAACGAGCGUGAUCCUGACGACCUCCACGGGGAAUGGGAUUUUGAGGAGUGGAGGAAGGUGCAUUUGAAGGACUACCUCGAGAUGACUGAGGAAUUCAUGCAGGAACUCGGGCAAUUUUAA